CAUGAACACAAACAGGAAGGAAAGGAUCAGCCAGAUUCGAGAGCGAGAAAUCAGGAAAGCAAAGAAGAUGAACAAGGAGAAAGAAGUGGCUGGUGUCACUCCGAAAGACCAGGUCCAUGCCAUCUAUCAAUCCAUUCUCCACCAUUCAUUCAUUCAUUCAUUCAUUGCACUCUCGAUUUUCAUCUAUUCGAUAACCAUUCGCCAUCCUUUGAUCAUGUUACUUUCCUGUGUUUCUGAGUCAAUGAUGAUCUAUUAGAUGACAGAGUGUGUGUGUAUGUUGUGUUGUGGGUAUAGUUGUUGUCAUCCAUCCAUUGACGCUGGAUUUGCUUGAUUUCCGACGUGUUGGUAAGGCAAUCCCGUGCCAAAAAUUUAUGCAAAGAAUUUAUUACUGGUUACUGGUUCGUGUAGUUGGUAUUGCUAAUUUCUCCAAAAACAAUUGCGGAGAUGGAUGAGUUUUUUGAUGGCCUGGACUGUAGAUUGAGAGUGUCAGGCAUGGUGGCCGACUCCAUCAUGCUGGGGAUUGUGAACUCCGCCAUGGAAACUGCUUUUGAAAAGAGCUGCUCCAAAGAAGGGGAUCUUGAGCGCUUGAAUGAGAAGUCUCGAUUUUGUGAGUUGGCCAUAAUGCAGCUCGAGUGGUGCUUGAAGUAUGUGCAGGAAGAGAUGGAUAGUUACAUCGUGGAGAGUUGUCGUGAACGUGAGAAGCUGCUGUCUGAAUUGUUAGAGACCCGGGACCGGCUCCACAACAGACUCCAGGAGACUGAGCUUGUCAUUGCUCAAAUGGACGGAGAGUUGAUCAAGAUGAAGUCAAAUGACUUGAGGCUUAGAUUAGCUUUGGAAAUGAAGGAUGACGAGUUGCGUUCUCUGCAGGCAGCUCUUGAUCUUGAAAGAACCAUCAAUGUGAGGGGGCAUUCAUUCCAUCCUUGCCACACUUACACUAGUAAGGAUAUCAGGCCAUUUGAUGAGCUCAGUGAAUUGAGAACCUCCACUGAACGACAUUUGCAGAGAAUCAGAGGCAAAUUGGAAGACGGACAGCAACAUCUGACCGACCUGUUGCGGAAAUUCAGUCUUUCUCUUUCAGAUAUUAAGAAGCCAUCUUAUAGUUUCAACGUGAGGGAGAAGGGACUAACUUCGGAUGCUUGCAAAUUAUUGUUACAAGAAAAUGGAGUCGUUGAUUUGGAGAGAGCAAUGCCGGAAUACUGCCAUCGUCGUUUGAUGAGAAAACUAAAUAGAGAACUAGGGGAGAUUGCUGUAGAUAUUAACAUGCUUAACAAGAAACUUGACCACUCCUUUGAAAUGAUGGGCCGUUCUAUGUUCUUACUUAAAACUGCUUUGGAUGAGCAGCAAUUGGAGUAUAACAUUGAGAAAGAAGCAUUCGAGGUUAUCGUCAGGAAUUUCAUAUUGGAUCUCCAGUGUGAUUCAGGAAAGAAUGCUGCCACAAAGAAUUUUGCUGCUGUCGUCCCAGAUGAGAGCUGGUCUGCUUUCAUGGGAGAGAUCAAAAAGUUGCACAGUGAACUGGAAUUGUUGAUCAAUUUGAAGGACACAAAGUCAAAGGUGCAUGGUGGGUUCGAUGUCAGACUAUCUCCUUCUCCUACCUCUGGAAUCUGUACAGCUAUUAAAGACAAACCUGACUGUGAAAAAACACUGCAAGGCAGUUCUUGUGGACUUCCAAAGCCAGCUGAUGACAGUGACUGUGUGGCAGAUAACAAUGGGACUCUACAUGAUGUUUUUACGCAGGCACACGAAUUGGUCAGUGAGGAGAACCUAUCAAAAGAAAACAACUCUGGGCAAUCUGUUGCUGCGAUAGUAAGAAGCCACGAACAACGCAUUAUACGACAAAAAAGUGAAGAGCUCAAAUGGCCGAAGGUGGAACUUACUAGAGAGAAGCUCACCAGUACACACAAGGAUAAAGAUCUUGAUUCUGUUCAGAAAUUGAUCUCCAGUGUCAUCUCAAGACUGCAGAUUAUUAUGAAAGAAAAUGUUAAACUUGUUGCCGGUUCUGAUGCCUGUAUGCCAGGUUAUGGAGGGGAAAUGAACUCUAUUCAAGAUGAUUAUAUAUCACAGCCUGAAUCACUGGAGAAGGGGUCAAAGAUCACUGAGACUACGAGUGAAAUCCCUGUGGAAUUGGGAGGUCAGGGAUGUUGCCAUGCGUCAAGUGGUGUGUGUUGUGAUGAUGUUAGGAACAUAAAACAAGAGAAGAAUGAUUGGGACUUUGAAGUGAUGAUAUUGGAGGAGAUCUAUGCAAUUCUUUUUGUAGGACUAUUGAAUAGACUUCACCUUGAAUUCUUCAAUUGUGAUUCAGAGACCUUUAUAACGGAAGAUACACAGCUCACUAUCUUCAAAGAGAUAAUCAAGGAAUGCAGUCUCUAUAGAGAAACUUGUUGCAUUGAGAGACUUGUCAGUGCUGCCGUGGACCAUAUAGUUUUCAGUGAGAUUGUUAAAGAUAUCAAAUGCACUAUACGUUCAGCUUUCAGAGACAUCCAUGGGAAAGUCGUCCCCGCCAGUGACUACCUGACUGAUGGCCUGAUCAUCCAUGAUAAAAAGGUGGUCCCAAGCCUAGAAUUUGUGUUUCUAUCUAAAAAUUCUAAAAUACCUGAAGAAUGUUCAGAGUUAAUGGAAUACCCUAUACCCAAUAGCCCCGUCGUGAUUGAAGAUAAUGUGCUUAGCCAGAUUAAUCAAGAACUAGGAAGGGGCACACAAAAGAAAGUUCAUGGUAAUAGGCAGCUCCAUGAAUUGUCCUCUAGUUCUGUAUUACUUGAUAAUAUACAAGGAAUUCAUGAUCAGACCACUUCAACAGGGGCCUUUAUCCAGAGGGAGUUCUCCCAAUUCAAACCUAAAAUAUUCGGAGAAAGCAUGCCAGAAGAGUUGCAAUCCUCUCUAUUGCCUUUUCUUAAGCUUUCACAACUUAUCACAGAUUUGGAGCUCAUUGCAUCUGAGAAAAUAAGAAAAAAUACUUCAAGGUUGGUAGAUUUGAAUUGCCAAUUAAAUUGCCUUUCCGAUGAAAUAAUGUCCAUCAAGAAGAAGGAAUUAUUAUACAAGACAGCUUUCACAAGACGCUGUUAUGACUUGCAAAUAGCUGAAGUAGAGGUUGAUCUGUUAGGUGAUGAAGUGGACCUUCUGGUUGGUCUUCUUGAGAAGAUAUAUGUUGCACUGGAUCACUACUCACCAGUUUUACAUAACUAUUUUGGGAUAAUGGAUGUGAUCAGAUUAAUACAUGAUGCAUUAAGUGGAGAAAUUGCUUGUACAUCAUUAUAACCUUGACAAUUUUGAAAUGGCUUGCUCAGGUGCUGCUUCAAAGUUUUUUCUUGUUGAUAUGAGAUUCCAACUUUUGACAGUUAUAUUGUUUGCUGAUACAGGAUUUUAUCCUAGUCUUAACCAUCUUUGCAUCUAGAUAGUAGUUGGCUGCUGACAAUGGCAUUGAACUCCUGAAGUGCAAUCAGUUUUGCUCCUGACAGCCACUGUGAAAGAUAUUACAUUAUGGGUUCAUUCCAUACCAGGUGUUGCACUGAGUUAAGGUUCUAGAAGUCUGUCAACUUUGGGCAGGUUGAUCUGAAACUCUCUACCGAGAGGGCUUGUUCUGUGGUUCAAUGUGUUUAACAUCUCUAGCCGCUGGCUCCUCUGAGCACUGCAUGACCUUUGCAGGCUAUUGAGAAGAGACUUCAAACUAGGACACUACCAAAUAACAGAUAACUAAAGAUUAGGAGGUGUCCCCAAUCUGUUCCUCCUUAUAUAGUAAAGCUCUUCUGGCCUGGGGAAAGAAGCACCAAGAAACUAAGGUCCAAUGCUUCUUAUUGCAGAAAUGACACUAUUCAAAUGUCGUUCAACUAUGGCAGUUGCCCAAACUGUGGGAAGUCAAUAAAAAAGAUAGCCAGUACUGCCAAUUUGUUAGAGUACUGCAUACAGGAUUGCUAGUUUCAUUUUAUUGGCACUAUAAAUUGUACCAGAUUGAAGCACUGGAAUUCACAAUGUUUUUCAUUUGAAGGACCACUAAUGAUUUUUAUCAUCAUUCUUAAUAUUUUGACCAUCAA